ACCGUUUAUGAGUGAUAAGAAUGAAGUCGUUUCAGCGACUUGAAUAUUUUAUGCAACAAUGUUCUAUUGUCUAAUUAAUUUCUUUAAAUCAGUUUUAUACCUCCUUGUCAAAUGUGUUAAUUUAUAUAAAUCAAAAAACAACAUUAACCUUGACAUUGUAUUCAAAUCUAAUGAUUAUAUAAUUGUCAACAAACCCGAAGACGUGUUUAUAAACAAUCAUAACAAAGAAAGACCAUCUUUAGAUAUACUGCUAGGAAAGAAGUAUCCACAUUUAGUGAAUAAAAAUUUAGAACAUGGUUUCUAUUUCGUCCACUGCUUGGACUAUGUAACAAGUGGUGUACUGUGCAUUGCACUUAACAAGCAAGCAUGUAGUGCAGCAUCCUAUGCUAUGCAAAAAAGAACAUCCCGAAAGUACUACAUAGCAUUACUCAGAGGUCACAUGUCUACGAACAGUAUGGAUUUAAUAUAUCCAAUAGGGUAUUGUUCAAAAGAAAUUAAUGGAAACAACAGAAUGUGCACUGCAGAACAUGAAUGUUGCACCAACCCACGUAAUGCACAUACACGACUAGUGGUGUUGGAGCGUGGAUUGUACAUGUCAUAUCCAGCAACCAAAGUGCUGAUGUUGUUAGUUACUGGACGUCGUCAUCAGAUAAGAGUGCAUUGCUCAACCAUCGGUCAUACCAUUAUUGGGGAUUAUACAUACAGUGAUCGCAAAGAUACAAGUCCUAGUAGAACAUUUUUGCACUCAUAUAGACUAGAAUUGGGUGUUGCAAAUAUAAAUGUGCAGACAAAUGAUCCUUUUACGAGAAAUAAACUUAAUGGUUUAUGGAUACCUGUAGAAUUUAUCAACAAAUUAGGAGAAAAUUGCUUUGAACUGUUUAGUUGAGAAUUUAUUAUUAAUUUAUUUUGUAAGAAUUACAAUGUA